AUGGCUUAUGUUGGAAGGUCAUACUGUAUUACGAUAGGCCUACCUCAAUUUGAGAGUGAUUGGUUAUACAUAAAGGCACAGAGUAAUGUAGCAGAUAUAUUGGUACAGCAUAAUUUAGAGACUGUCCCGAGUCUUGUCGAGGUACUUGUCAAAGCUGUGGAUGGUCCUAACAAAGACUUUAUCUUCAAAGCAUUAGGUAAUGGCGAAAGAGAUGACGAUUCAAGUGAAAUGUACGGCGGCAUUAUCUAUAUUUACAAUGAAGUCGAUGUCCGCAUCAUGGCACCAAAUAAAGUAAACCAUGGAGAUCAAGGUGCGGCUAUUUAUACAGGUGAGUCUCCAUAUUGGCGUGGAAUUAACUAUCAAAUAAGUUUCGAAGCUGAAGUCAAAGUUCGUUGUUGGGAACCUACGGCAUUACCGACUCCCUGUUUUAACGUCACAGAUCAUUUAAUGAUAGCAGGUUCACCAAACAUUAGUGAUACAUAUGCGGAAUUCAGUCAUGGCUUGAACACUUACCCAAUGUUGGUAAAAGUUCGUGGUAAACUACUUGAUGGGUAUGACCCUGGAUGGUACACCGACGCUCAAGGUUCUGCCUUGUACAGCUUUGCCAACACGAAGAAAGCAGAUCGCACUGGUGGACUGAAGUAUGCGUAUGAUGACAACAAUAUACGAGUCUGGACAUCUUCGAUAGAAGCUACUGAUGGCGCAAACAGUGGCUAUUUAUUUGAAGGUGUUGGUAGUGCUAUGACCAAUUCGGAACAGGCAGGUACCCCGUGCGGCUAUGGAGGUCUGGUAUAUGCAUAUAACGGUACAACCCUUCGAAUAUGGAGACCCGAUGACGUCAAAGGUGCAGCCAUUUGUAUUCCUGAUAGCAUGGCACUUGGAACAAAUUCGCAAGCUUCACAGAGUGGAAAACUUAUAUUCAGAGCUUUUCAAGCACAUGAACAAGUAUCUACAAGUACUUUCUUCCGACUUCUCGGAAAUAACGCAGCAUAUAAUGACACGUUGAUCGGUACACAACACGUGGCAUCAUUAUUAUCGUGUGCAAGGAAAUGUCUUCAACAUAACACUUGUGUAACAUACAUGUAUAGUGACAACACGUGUAACAUGUAUAAUACUAAAAAUGAAUCUCUCAUUUUCUUAAAGGCCAAGUCAGCUGUAUGGGGAUUAGUCUAAAACCCCCCAAAAAAGAAGAAUUUUUCUACACCUAGAUAAAUGAAAACGCAUGAAAGAUGGUUGUACUUAAAUACGUAAAGGACAUUUUGCAUAUAUUGUUCUGUUCAAUUGCACGUCGACAGUUUUUAUAAUUGAAAAAAAUACUAAUUGGAUUUACUACUCUCCUAUUUGUUAUCCUCACAUGCGCCACACCUGAAACAUGUUAACACUGGGAAAUUAACAUACUUUUGCAAAGCGGACAAAAACAGUCCCGUUACUUUAGAAUACAAUAGUGUUACUAUUUAUAUUAUCAGGC